AUGGCAGUUCUGAUGACGUUGAGUAUUGUACCACCUGAAGCAUUCCUUCAACUAAAACCACGAGCUGACGUCAUCAAAAAGUCGAGGCUUUUCCCACAGGGAGUUGUACGAUAUGUAGUACUGACGUCAUUCGUUGUCUUUCUCCUUGGUAUGGCAGUUCUGAUGACGUUGAGUAUUGUACCACCUGAAGCAUUCCUUCAACUAAAACCACGAGCUGACGUCAUCAAAAAGUCGAGGCUUUUCCCACAGGGAGGCGAAGACGUGAAAUUCGAUCAGCCGUGGGUGUUGCCGAAACCAAAAGUGAUAAGCGAUAUCACAUUUUUUGACUGGUCUACGGGAAACUACAUUGUUAGUAACUUCAGCUAUAGUAAAGGUAUUGGCAAUCUGAUGUUCCAAUAUGCAUCACUACGUAGUUUAGCAGAGAAGUGGAACUCCACCUUGGUUGUUCCAGUCACCACCACUCUCAGACGCGCUUUCGUGCUUAACACGACAUUUGUAAGCAAGAAAGUUGCCGAUGAACUACUUGAAAGAGCUGCGAACAAUACAAUCGAUAUCAAGAGCUGUUGCGAAUUCGUUAGUAUACAAAAACCCACCAACCAGCGUUUUACCGCAGUCACUGGAUACCUGCAGAAUCCACGAUAUUUCGCUCCACACGAUGAGGCGCUUAUUCGAAAAGAAUUUGACUUUCUGCCGGCUAUUCAGGAACAGGCGUUGACCUUCAUGCAAACCUUGGCGGCUCGACGAGCUCUGGAACAAGCUCGACCACUUUACGUUGACGGGAAACCGAGUGAGACCUCCUUUGAAAUGGAAACCGACGCCUUGACGGACGACAUGUACUAUAUUGGCGUUCAUGUACGACGUGGAAUGGACAUCGCGAUGAACAGUCGAAAUCUUCGACACGGUCAUGUAGCUGCUCCGCCUGACUACUAUAAACGAGCUAUGGAGAUAGCCAGUGAAGGAAAGGACAAUGUGGUAUUCGUGGUGUGCUCGGACAAUCCUAUAUGGGCAAAGAAGCAUCUUCCAAAAUACGAGAAAGGAAUGAUAUUCGCUUGCCCAGGAUUACAUCGCGAAAUAGAUAUGGCAAUUCUUUCACAUUGUGACGCUCUUGUGCUUUCUACUGGCACUUUCUCAUGGUGGAGCGGAUUUCUGAAUGCUAAAUCCGAAAAGGUAAAGAAUUACUUCAUUACAGAGUAA